AUGCAGAAGACACGGCAUAAGGCUGGAACUUGUGAAAUAUCAACAGUCAAUGAAUGCUGUUUUGUUCUAACCUGCUUGGCAGUGUCUGACGUUAAUAAAACUGGAAAUAAUACAAACAAUGAUCUGCCCGGGGGAUCUGAAUCUGGGAAUGAUUAUAGCAACGAUGAUGGAUAUGAUUAUGGGGAUAAUGGUGGAAAUGGUUAUAGUGCAAAUAGUUCAACAACUUUAGCACCAGCUGUGCCUGGGUCAAAUUCUACAACUCCUGCAAUUGGUUCUACUGCUUCCAGUUUAGAGCAGUCUGAAGCUAGUACUGAACAACCACCAGCUUCAAGCACGGUCCUGCCAGAAGGUUCAGAUCCUGUAUCAGAGCUAAUAGCUGGUUUAACAAACGCAACUGAUGCUACUGGUAACUCUACUGCAAACAAUGAUAACGAUUUGCAGAAGAAUGAUUCAUCCAAGGAUGAAAAUUUAAUCAUGAAAACUAUUACAAUUGAAGUCAUGAAGCCAGGCCAGGACAACCAAACUGGAGUUGACAAUUCUACAGCUACUGACUUAACAUACGGAACAGAGGGUUCAGUCUCAUCUGAUCUAAUGUCUACGGAUAAUUCUGAAGCAGGUAAUUCAUCCACCAUGGUCAGUAUUACAGACACAACAACAAAUAAUCCCUCUGAGAAUGCUGAAGAUGGAAGUAUUACAGAUGAUGAAAAUAAUGCUGGAGAUGGAAAUACGAAUAAAGAUAGUAAUAACACUUCAAUUAGUGAAAAUUCAGUCACACCAAGCCCUGCUACUUAUGAAAAUGGUUCAGAAAACUCAACAGAUGAAAAUUCUUUGAAACCUGAUGGAUACAGUGAGAAAGAAAAGCCAAGAGGGUAUAAUCAGGUUGGAGAUGACUAUGCUCUAAGUCCGCCAGAAGAUGAACAAUUAAAUAUAGAACCCAAUAACUUGGAAGAUAAUUCAGAAAAUGACAGUGGUUCUGGAUCUAGCACCAAAUCAGGAAAUGAUUCUGAACAAAAUGCAUCCACAACUGAAGUAAAUACUGAAAGUGAAAUUGGUUCUGGAUCUAGCACAGAAUCAGGAAAUGAUUCUGAAAUGCAUCCACAACUGAACACAGAAUCAGGAAAUGAUUCUGAACGAAAUGAAUCCACAACUGAAGUAAAUACUGAAAGUGAAAUUGGUUCUGGAUCUAGCACAGAAUCAGGAAAUGAUUCUGAACUGAAUACAUCAACAGCUGAAGUAAAUACUGAAACCACCUUGGGAGCAGUAAAAACUCCAAUAAUUGGAGAUGAUUAUGCUUUGGAUCCGUCUGAUGAUGGGAAAACAGAUGCAGAAAAAAAUAAUUCUGAAAAUGAUUCAGAAGCAGGAAGUGGUUCCGAAUCUAGCACCGAAUCAGGAAAUGAGUCUGAACUGAAUACAUCGACAGCUGGAGCAAAUACUGAAAGUGAAAGUGGUUCUGGAUCUAGCACUGAAUCAGGAAAUGAUUCCAAACUGAAUACAUCAAUAACUGGAGUAAAUACUGGAAGUGAAAGUAGUUCUGAAUCUAGCACAGAUUCAGGAAAUGAUUCUGAACUGAACACACCAACAACUGGAGUAAAUACGGAAACCACUUUGGGAGCAGUAAAAACUCCAAUAAUUGGAGAUGACUAUGCUUUGGGUCAGCCUGAUGAUGGGGAAACAGAUGUAGGAAGCAAUAACCCUGAAAAUGAUUCAGAAGCAGGAAGUGGUUCUGAAUCUAGCACUGAAUCUGGGAACAGUGAUGAUGGUACUGCAUCAACAAAAGUAUUAAAAAUUGAAAUAUCAGGUCCACCGGAGGAAUAUGAAGAAGGAAGUAACUCUGCUGGAGCCAAUCCUGACAAUUCUGUUGAUAAUAUUGAACAAAAUACUAAUGGAAAAGAUGGUUCUGGAGCAAAUGCUGACUCUACCUCAGACAACUCUGAUAGAGGCAAUGGGAAAAACCCAGAUUUACCACCAGAUAGCUCUAAUAAUGGUAACGGAGGUAAUACAGAUGAAAAUGAUAAUAGCAGUGGGCCAAAUGCAGAAGGUGAUAGAUCCAAUGUAAAUGAAAAUGAUGGUUCUGAAGCCAAUAAUGAUCCACCCACUGAUAACUCUGAGACUGGAAACAGAUCCAAUGUAGAUGGAGACAAUGGUUCCGGAGCUAAUAAUGAAUUUUCACCUGACAACACUGACAAUGGCAACAAAUCCAAUGUAGAUGAAAAUGAUGGUUCUGGUACCAAUUCUGAUUCACCCACUGAUAACUUUGAUACUGAAAACAGAUCCAAUGUAGAUGGAAAUGAUGGUUCUGGAGCCAAUAAUUAUUCACCCACUGAUAAUAUUGAGAAUGGCAACAGAUCUAAUUUAGAUGGAAGCGAUGGUUCUGGAGACAAUAAUGAUUUACCAACCGAUAACUCUGAGAAUGACAACAGAUCCAAGUUAGAUGGAACUGAUGGUCCUGGAGCCAAUAAUGAUAUACCCCCAAAAAAUUCAGAGACUGGAAACAAAUCCAACAUAGAUGGAAAUGAUGGAUCUGGAGCUAAUACUGAUUCACCCACUGGCAACACUGAAAAUGGCAACAAAUCCAAUGUAGAUGAAAGCGAUGGUUCUGAAGCUAAUACUGAUACACCCACUGACAACACUGAGAAUGGCAACAGAUCCAAGGGAGAUGAAAACGAUGGUUCUGGAGCUAAUAAUGAUUCCCCCACUGAUAACUCCGAGACUGGAAACAGAUCCAGCGUAGAUGAAAAUGAUGGUUCUGGAGCCAAUAAUGAUUUACCCCCAAAGAAUUCAGAGACUGGAAAUAGAUCCAUUCUAGAUUUAGAUAAAAAUAGUGAUUCAGGACCUAGUAAUGAGGAAAAGGGAGGUUCAGAUCCUAAUUUGAAUAGAAAAGAAGGUUCAGGACCUAAUACUGAGGAAAAGGAUGGUUCUGGAACUAAUGCUAAUGAAAAAGAAGGUUCAGGAACAAAUGUUGAUGAAAAAGAAGGUUCAGGACCUAAUACUGAGGAAAAGGAAGGUUCAGAUCCUAAUUCUAAUAAAACAGAAGGACCCAAUACUGAGGAAAAGGAAGGUUCAGGACCCAAUUCUGAGAAGAAUGAAGGUUCAGAAACCAAUACUGAUGUGCCCUCUGAGAUCACUACUAGUUUAACCAAGGAUAGUACAGAUGAUUCUGCUAAAGAAAAUGGAGACACUGAUUCAAGCAAUUACUAUGAAGAUAGUUACAAAGAUGCCAAAAUUUCAGCACCUGAAGUUGACAAUAAAGAAAGUAGUUCAACUGAUAAUACUAAUAAUGAAGAAAAUCCUGAUGCAGAACAAACUUCAUUGAGCGGAAAUAAAGAAAAUCCUAGCACAGAUGCGAAUUAUGAAGAUGACUCAUAUUCUGAUAAGAAUUCAAAAAACAAUGAUGAAGAUACUCCCCAACUGAAAUCAGACAAAACGGAAAAGGAAACCUCUUCAGUACAGAAUGAGAAUUCUGGGGAUGGAGCCAAGGCAGAUCCUGAAGGUAGUUCUGAUGGAAAUAAAGCUCUAAACAGAAUGGAAAAUGUUGAUGAAAGUACUGAUCCAACUGAAAUUGAUGAUAAAAAGGACACAAAGGUAGAUAAAAGAAAAAGCAAUGAUAAAGAAGAAUCUUCAGGAAAUGGAAAUCCAGCAGAAGCCUUUCGUAGUUAUGAAGAAGAUGGGAGAAACAUGACUAAAGAUUCCAAAACCAAAAAUGUUGAUGAAUUAUCAACCACAGAAGAAAACUAUGAAUCAGAUUUAACAACUCCAAAAAUAGUUCAGUAUCCAUUUGACGAAGGCAGUGGAAGUUUUGCUGACACACUUCAGAGCAUAAAAAAUGAAUCAGAUUCAGAUUUAACAACUCCUAAAAUAGUUCAGUAUCCAUUUGAUGAAGGCAGUGGAAGUUUUGCUGACACACUUCAGAGCAUAAAAAAUGAAUCAGAUUCAGAUUUAACAACUCCUAAAAUAGUUCAAUAUCCAUUUGAUGAAGGCAGUGGAAGUUUUUCUGACACUCUUAAGAGCAUAAAAAAUGUUAAUCCAGAAGAAGAGAUGUCUGAAUAUGAGGGCGAUGAUAGUGAACCAAAAAAAAGAAAACGGAAGACACAAACCAUUGAGUAUGGAUAUAACGGGCAUCCAUCUGCCAAGGAGAUGCUUGAAAAGCAUAUGUGUGACAAAGCUGUUCUAUGCGCGACUCUGGCAGAGAAUAAGAUGUGUAAGGAAGGAGAACUGUCCUGUAACGUAGUACAGACCUGCCAAGGGGAUAAAUGUCAAUGUGAGGUGGAUGCUGAUUGUCUAGUUGCAGGGAUCCUGACCAGCGGGGAUAUCUCUGAGCUCCAAAUGUAUGGAGCGGCCUGUAUAAACAUGGCAGGAUUAAAUCACGAUAAAGAUGGCGCUGAUAAAAUUGAGAACUUGAAACCUGACCGUACAGCCCAGGAGAAGCAGUGCAAAUCUACCUGCGACAGAGACCAGGCUGCAGACCAGGAGGAUGAGGAGGAAUCAGGAACUGAAAAAGAAAAGAAGGAGAAUGUUCCUAAAGAUGAAGCUGAACAAGUAGAUGAAAAUGGCAAUGACUAUUCCAAUGAUGAUGAAUAUGAAGAUGAAGAUGCUGAAGCUCUGAAUGAGGAAGAUGACGCACAAGAUGGAGAUGACGACGAUGAAGGUGAAGAUGAAGAAGAAGAAGAAGAGGGUGAAGAUGAAGACGAAGAAGCAUUGGAUGAAGAAGAUGCAGAAGAUGGAGAAGAAGAAGAUGAAGAUGCAGAAGUUGGAGAAGAAGAAAUUGGAGAUGAAGGCGGAAAUGAUUAUUCAGACGAUGGAGAUGAUGAUUAUGAGGAUGGAGCAGAAAAAAAUUCGAUUGAGUACAGUGAAGAAGAAGAUGAGGAUCUUCUUGGAGAGGAAUUUGGUCAAAACUACUCUGAUGAUGAUGGUGAAGAGACUGCUGAUGAGGAUGAGGUUGAAGAAUCUGAAGUAACAAACAUCAGUCAGAAAGUGACAAGACCAACAUUUUACCAAGCUCAUAUAUUCCCUAUUAGUGUAAUAGAUGCGCUUCAGGAUGGAGGUGAGAUAACUGUUGAUGUCUCGAAUGAGAAAGCCUGCUCUUCUGAAGAAUACUGCAGUCAAAUAGGAUUCUUCUGUCCAGCAAAGUCUGGUGACUGUGAUGUAUCAGCGGACUGCAGUGCUCCAACUCAAUGUAAAUGUACAAUAAAAGUUGAUUGUAGAACCAGUAAAUAA